AUGAAUCAAGAAGAGAUUGCUCCAGUCGCAGAAAAAACCUGGGCUACACUAUAUCCAGUGCAAAAUAGUUCUGCUUCUAGUUUCUCUUAUACAGUUUGUGGCUGUGACGCUCCAGAUCGAACUCAAUAUAAAUUUAUGAAAGAAUGGUUAAGCAUCGGUAUUCUACCUGCACGGAGUGCGAGACCGGUGCAUAAUAUGUUUGCUGCACUUGUUUAUACUAUCCAGCUAAUCAAUUUACUUACAGUGCAUUUUGAUAUUUGUAUACCUGGAGAGAUAUCGUUUCAAGAAUUCUCAUCAUGGAGAAAAUGGACAGAAAGCUUAUUCGAUACAGAUAUUUUCAAGUUAAAUCAUGCAGUUGUUAUAUUGUGUUUGAGCACAGGAGUUGAUCCAGCACUAAUAGAUCCACUCAAUCCAUUUGCCAAUCUUCUACAACUUAAGAAUAUUGUAGAUAAUCCCAAUUCAGUUUUAAAGAUAGGACAUGGUACAUUAACAAAUGAUUUGGCCGCAGCGUUUGAUAAAGAUUUAAGACAAAUUUCUUGGGCAGAACGUGAAAGAGCAGAAGAAGAUGGCUGGUACAUUGUACGACAUAACGAUAAUUUCUAUGACGAUUCAGAUGAUAUUACAAUGCCGUUGAAAUUAAGUGCAUCAUUAAAGGAUCUAGAAGAAAUACUCCGACAUUUUGCGACUAUUUCUUCACGUCCUAUUUCAUUACAUGAUUUUCGAUAUGUUCUCGAUGACGCAAAACAUGAUCACCCAUCUCAGUUUCUCGCACGUAUUUCGGAAAUGUUGAAAAAUUUAAGCACUAAAUAA